UCAUCCGAACAAUGUAUUCUUUUUAAGGUUUCAAGGCUUGCGCUGACAUGCCUUGAGAUCGGGGUUGUUAAUAAUUACAAUAUUACAUGCAAUCGCGACUUGGUUUAGUAUCCUCAAUACUGGUUCAAUCGAACAAGUAUUAUUUAGAUUCUUCUUGAUAAUACUGCUAUCAUAACCAUCAGCGGAUCAAGAAGAAAACCCUUCAAUCCAUUUCAAAGCCGACCGGGUUACUGAUGCGUCGACCUGCAGUAGGCCUAUAUCAUGCCGUUACAGCAAGUCCAGGUGUCACCUUUUGCAGGUGGGCCCAGGGCCUUCUCAGAUGGACCUGGACUUAAAGCGAUUAGUGGCUUAACUAAGCCUGGAUUCAAGGAUUUUCAUGUAGACAUCCCUCUGAGCAUGAAAUACAGGGACCGGGUGUCCUGGUUGGCCUUCUUCUACAAGUCAGUUCCCGAAGCGAUCGGGAUCGGGGGAUUAAAAUAUGUCUUCAAUCCCGCCGAAAUGAAACUUAGACGGUUAUUUUGGCUUUUCUUGAUCAUGGCAGCUUUCGUCCUUCUGCUUAUACAAAUUACCGAUAGAGCAAAACACCUGUCAAGAAAUCCUACAAGUGUGGAUGUAUAUCAAAACUAUACAGAGAGCCUUCCCUUCCCAACAGUGGCAAUUUGCAACUACAAUCAGUUAAAACGUUCCAUGGUAGAGGGUACAGAACUGGGAGAUUUUCUGGAGACAUACACAUUCGAUUAUCAUUCUAUCAAGACUAUGGAUACUUCGAGUCCAUUUUACCCACUAUUAAGCAAUCACACACUUUCCGAGAUUUUCACCAGCUACGGACAUCAGCUUGAGCAAACAGUUGAUUUGGCUAUCUUUGGGAAGACGAGAGUUCUUGAUCGUGACACUUACUUCUCGACAAAGAUUACCGACUUCGGCCUUUGCACUGUCUUUAACGACGCGGAGAGUGGGAAUCCACCUUUACUUAUCAAACGCCCUGGUGCUCUCAGUGGCUUGCAGCUUCAGUUAAAUGUCGAGGCAGCGGAAUACUUUUGGAAUCUAUCUUUCCGGCAGUCAUCCGGGUUCCAGAUUGUUAUAUAUGAAUACGGUUCACAACCACUCAUAGAAGACCAAGGCUUUGGGAUAGCACCCGGCACCCAUAGCCAUAUUGGGGUUGAAGUGAUAGAGGCUUUGAACCAGGAACCCCCUUACGGAUUGUGCCACGACAAACAACUGAAGUAUUUUGAUCGCUACGGAUACGCCGAGUGUUAUCUCGAGUGCAUGGCCAAUUUUUCUGUCAAUACUUGUGGAUGCUCAAGCUGUGGAGUAUUUAAUGUAAGUGACACACACGAAUGCUCUCUUUGGGAUACCUUCACGUGUGCGUCCAGAUCGUUCGCUGACUUUGUUGAGAACGGGACGUGUGAUUGUCCCGUGGCUUGCCGUGUCCUCACCUAUAAACCAUCCAUCUCAACCACCAAAUACCCGACCCCAUUAAUAGCCGAAUAUUACCAAUCCGCCAACCCUGAAUUGCAGCUUGGUGACUAUAUGAAGGAUAACAUAUGUUAUGUCUCUAUUUACUUCAAGGAGAUCAGCAUCAAACAAAUCACUCAGAAUAUCGAUUACAACUACUUCAGUUUUCUCUGUGACAUCGGUGGUUCUCUUGGCCUAUGGCUUGGUGGGAGCAUCUUGACUGUCUUUGAGAUUCUGGAUCUGUUUGGAAAUUCGAUGUACACCUACACCUUACGUUUUCAGAAUGUAAAGAAAUAGAUUUA